AAGCUUCUAAAGAAGAAAAUGCAAGAUCAAAAAAUAAAAUUAGAUUUUGCUAUGAAUUUGGUGAAGAUAUAUCUGAAAACACAUCUGAGGCUUUUAAAUAUUAUAUGAAAUUAGCUAAAAUUGGAAAUUGUUUGGGCCUUUGA